GUACCUAUGUCUUUUUGUAAUCCUGCGUGAUCGUGUUUGUUUCCUCGUGGUUCUGUACAAAAAUAAAUAUAGCCUCAUUUAAAAAAAAUAUUUGAUCUACGAUCUAUUCAAGGAAAUGGAACAGUGCCUCUAGAUUUAGCUGAUCCACAGGCUUAAAUUUCCGAAUAUGUGGAAAUAUAUGACCCGGCGUGUACGAGACACAUUCGAGAGAGGUGCAAAUCAUUUAGAUAAGCGAGGUACAACUGGUGUUGUGACUGCUGGAAAUAUAAAUGAAGAAAAAAACAAAAGGGGAGGUCCUCCAUGUUCUUGGCUCAAGAGUAAAAGAUGUUGGGGAUAUUACAGACAAGGAAGCAACACCAAUAAUAAUAAUGGAUGGAACUUUGAAAAUCUUACAUCCAGUUGGUUAAGUGCCAUAUCUUGGAGUGGUGCAUUAGUAAUCAGUUGGUAUACAACUCAUCUGAUUCAAUGGAAAUACAAGUAUUAUUCAAGACGAUAUAAUGAUAGUUGUUCAACUGCUUUGUUAUCAGCCUUGCAACCAUACAUUAAUGCAGUGAAUAAAGAUCCUACUUAUACAAAACCAGUCUCUCAAAUAGAGAAGUUGCUUGACCAUUUUACACCAACAGUGCAUUUGAUAACAAAUGAGCAAGUUGGCAUUCAAAAACAGAGAACUGACAGCACCACUAGUAGUUCCACUACUCCAGACUCAUCUAGUGAUAUUCUUGGAGAUGUACUUAACUCCAUAGAGAAUAAGUUGGGAUUAGCUGCUAUAGAGAAUGGACAAUUGAAAGAUGGGUUAAAAUUACUGAGGUCUGCUGCUAGUCGCAGUUAUGCACCUGCUUUGUACAAUUUGGGAAUAUGUUAUGAAAUGGGCUUAGGUGUUACAACUGAUGAGAAGAUGGCAAUGGAGUUGUACAGAUCUGCUGCUGCCCUAGAACAUCCUGGUGCAUUGUACAAUUUGGGAAUUUAUUAUGGCCAAGGUCGAGGUGGGCUCACUCGCAACACCACCACAGCAACACGUUUGUUGCGACUGGCUGCAGUUCAGGGUCAACAGGAAGCAAUUGAAGCUUUGAAAUCACUGGAAGUUGAAAAUGAAGACCCUGCUCACAACAAACCUGCUGUUCAUCCAUGGUCUUACAACUUAGAAGUUUCUACGCAAGACAAUAUUGUACCUAUACCCACAACACUUUUUGUUGAAAAUGUUGAUUAUUGUCCUCGUAAAAUCAAAGCUACUGUUUAUUAGUAGAAUACUUGUUUAGAAAUAGUUGGUAUAUUAAUUCUCUCUAACAAUAA